UAUGCACCUCACAUCACGGCGAUAUUAUUGCUCGUAUUGAUUGUUGUUGUAAAAGUGCCCUCAAUUUAUGCAUUAAUGGUGAUAUUUCAGCACGAAGAAAAGCCAUUGUUGCUUUCAUGUAUUAUCAUUGAUAUCGCUUAUCUUUUUCUUUGGAUUAUUUUUUGGCUUAUAUUAACGCUAAAACGAGAAUGGAAUUUUAAAGUGAUACAUCAGGCUCAUGAAAUUAUAUCAUUGCAGAGUGGCCAUCAAACAAUGGCGAAUAUUUUAUUGCCAUCUGCUUCAGAUAAAAAUAUAACCGAUUUAAAAAAUGCCCUUAUUCUAAUGCACGGUGAACAAAUGUAUAUAACUGAUGAUCCAACUGUUAAACAAAAUAUUUUACGAUAUGCGCAAAGAGGAACCACCAGUGACGAAAUAUAUUGGUUACGAUCAAAUGGUGCACAAUCGCCUUCAACUAGAAAAAUUCCUUUCAAUGAAAAUAUGAAAGGAACACCUGAAAUGAAUCGUUUACUUGGCAAUUCAGCUAUGCAUCGUCGUUGCAGUGAUACAAAUUCUUCACCAACGGCUGCUUACCAAUCGAUCACUCGAUCAGUAGUGUCGUCCGGUAUGCAAGCAGCGUCAAAUCAUCACACAUACUUAGAUAUAUCCAAAUAUAAUUACGAUUCAGGUCAUAUAGAUGAUAAAAAUAUUAGCAAUACUUUUGGCACACUUCAGCGCAAUCCGAGAACUGAAUAUAUGUCUAGUCUUAAUCGACAAUCUAACGUACAACUUAAGCGUAAAUCUUCCGCUCAAGGAUCGAUUAAUUCAACUUUUGAACAUGGACGUCAAGCUAUGCACUCAGAUGCAUAUGCAUCAAUUCAUAAGGGUAGUCUCCGUACUAUGAUUCCACAGACCGACACUAUGGCUCAACGAAAAAUUCCAACCUCUAAAGAAGAGCCGAUCAGUAAUUCAACAUAUUCCAAUAAUCGAUCGCCUUACGACAAUAAUUAUUCAACAUAUGUCAAAUUACCACAACAAACUCGCGCUCUUCACAGUCAAGAAGUGAACAACAAACAAAAUUCAGAUCAGCCAUUAAAAAAUGUUGGAAAUGUUUUUGGAUUGCAACAAAUGAUGAAUUCUCAACGAAAUCCUUCUGAAAAUGAGAUUCCAUCAUCGAUAGGAUCAAUUGGAGCUAGCCCAGUUGGCGAGACUCGAUUACGCACGUCGAUCUCUUGCAGAGAAUCAUCGCCUUAUCAACGCUCUACAAAUUUAAAAUUAUCAUCAUUUACGAGUCAUGCUAAUGAUUCGAACGAUUCACAGAAACAACUGAAACAAGCAUUAAAUGCACCAUGUACAUCAAUUGGUUGGUCGCAACGAUUCCCUCAACCUAGCAAUCAGCAAUCAUCUGUUCAGUGGUUAAUUAAUCCAGCGUAUAAUAAGGCAUCGACUGGUUCAACAGAUAGUGGCCAACAUGAGCCAUGUUUUUCACCAACAUCCACACUUACAAGUCAAGGAAGUGCGAGUAAUGCAAGUAAUUACUCUUCGCAUCAUACUCCCGUUCCUAAUUCACCGAAUACACCUCAAAACACAUCUGGUUUCGUACGUCAGUCCGGUGGUGCUAAUCACUAUAAUUUCUCUGAUAAUAGUGAUUUAUAUGGUAAUGUGAGUAAUAAUUCGAUUAUUAAUCAUCAGAAUUGCAAUACAAUUACAGUUGAUGAACAAGAACUAACUCUUCGAGCUAAAGAUCAGAAACCGUUAAGAAAUUUUAUUUCUACGGGAAAUACUUCGGUUCGACAUCAAAUUCGGGUUAUACAAGGAUCACGGCAAGAUUCGGCUAAUUAUAGUUUAAAUAGUAAUGAAACAGCAACGGAAAAUAUGCGAACCGGUGAUGGCGAUAAUUCCACUGACACCGUUGAUUUUGCUACGAGUAUUGUUUAA